AAAAUGAAGAAACACCCACCCCGUUUCUUUGCAACUUUCAAACAGCCACCCUCCCGCUCACUCCCACCUCUCUCUGUAUAUAUUUCGGGGGGCUCUCUCUUUCUCUCUCUGCACUUUUGCUCUCUUUCUCUCUCAUCCCCUUUUUCAUGGUUGUUGGCUGGAGGCCCCACUCUCCGGCCAUUGUUGGCCUUGGAGCAGAGAAUGCAAAGAAUCUCAAUGCCAGGAGCCUUACUUUUGUUCCUCUCUAAGGCCAUAUGAUUGUGGUCAUGAAGGAGAAUUCAGUAAUGGCUGGAAAUCGGGAGCCUAUGGGAAGAAUAACUCGUGCUCGUGCCUCAGCAUCAGGUUUGAAUAGCGGGCCAUUACUCUCAGAGUCCCCAAAUGUACAAAAAGAAAAUAGAAAGGGCCUCAGAGGAACUUCAAAGAAAGCAACCUUGGAUGAGAACAGCAAUGUUUUUCCUUCCAAACCCAAUUUGCGACAUGACAAGAAAUGGGAUCUGAGGGGAACAUCAAAAAGAUCAGCUUUGGAUGAGAAUCAUGUGGGUCCUUCCAAUCCAAGCUUGCAGUAUAAGAGACGGGCUGUUCUCAGGGAUGUGUCCAAUAUUUGUUGUGAGAGUAGAUAUAUGAAGUGCAUGACUGCAGCCAAACCUCAGAUUGUGAAUCGUAAGGAAAAGACUAGAGUACCACCCACCAAGGGAAGGAAGAUAUCAAAUGCUGCAAAAAGCUUACCACCAAGCAAGGGAAGGAAGAUAUCAAACGCUUCCAAAAGCCAGCUGCAAGUUGUUCCUGUUAGUUCCCAUGUCUCUGAUAAUCGUGCUGAAGAACUGAAAGAAGUGCAGGAUGAUUUGAGAUCUCAUAUGGCCAUAAAGGAUUAUAAAUCCAAGCUGCCUGAGAAGCAUGAGAGCACUUGUGCUUCACAUAUUACACUGACCAAGCAAUUGGCAGGGUGUAUGGAAAUCGGCGAGAGCAUACCAGCUAAUGGUGGUUCUGGAGAUUCUUUAGUUGAGAAUCUGGAGGAGAGAGAGAUCUCUUCAAAACAUUGUAACACUGCCAAGGGUAAUCUUUAUGAGGAUUCAGGAAGUUUGCAUAGUCGAGGCAUCACAGAGAUUGAUUGCGACUGUAAUGAUCCUUCUAUGUGUUGCAUGUAUGCUCCUGAUAUAUAUAAUUAUCUACGUGUUGCUGAGCGGAACCGAAGACCAACAUCAAAUUUCAUGGAGACUGUGCAGAGAGAUAUCACUCAAAACAUGCGUGGAAUACUUAUUGAUUGGCUUGUUGAGGUUGCCGAGGAGUAUAAGCUUGUCCCAGAUACUCUGUACCUCACUGUGUACCUUAUUGAUCGAUUUCUUUCUGGGAAUCUAGUGGAGAGACAGAAAUUACAGCUUCUUGGCGUAACCUGCAUGCUUCUUGCGUCUAAAUAUGAAGAGAUUUGUGCCCCUAGUGUUGCAGACUUCUGCUACACCACUGACAAUACUUACUCUAAAGAAGAGGUGUUGAAUAUGGAGACCAGAAUCCUUAACUAUUUAAAAUUUCAACUGACUGUUCCCACCACAAAAACUUUUCUCAGGAGAUUUCUUCGAGCUUCACAGGGUACCUUUAAGGAGGUUUCCUCUCUCUCACUGGAGUUCCUGGCAAACUACUUGGCAGAGCUGACACUAAUUGAAUAUAGCUUUCUGACGUUCCUUCCUUCUCUCAUUGCUGCAGCAGCUGUGUUCCUUGCCAGAUGGAUGCUUGAUCCAUCAAGGCAUCCCUGGAAUCGAACUUUGGAGCAUUAUACUGGAUAUAAGGCAUUGAAUUUGAAAACCAUGGUUUUCGCAUUACAUGAUCUGCAAAUUAAUCGUAAAGGCUGCACUCUAAAUGCUAUCAGAGAGAAGUAUCGUCAGAGCAAGUUUCAGUGCGUGGCCAAUCUUCCUUCGCCAGAACUUCUUCAAACCCUCUUCUCAUGACACUAAAUAUCACUGACUCUAAAGCGACUCUUCAGUCUUUACCUCAUUUGAAUGAAUCAAGAAGCAGGCCAUGUUAAAGAUUUCAUAAUGACUUCUUUGGGUUGAAAGUUGAAGAUUAAUUUGAUCUUCAGUGUACUGAUUACACUUGUCUAUUUUCCUCCCUCUAAACUUGUCCAUUUACACUAGACAAACUCACCAUAGGAAAGACUUCAAAGGUGAUUUUCAAUUUCUAAUUCCUGAAGGGUUAUUUAUUCAAGCCCUUUAGCUGAUACAAGUUCUUGCGAAGCAGCAAAGAAAUGUCACAUUUGGUGGUUCUCUGAAUAACUGUAACUAUGGAUAGGUCUCUAUUUUUCAGUUAUUGGGUCCUGAGUUGUCAAAUUAUGCAGUUUCAGUGGUGCAAGCCCAUCAAGAUAAUGCUGUAACUUCAAGGCUCUGUUAGUAUAUUCUACUGUUUAUAAUAUUGGCAUUUCUUAUUGCAUUUCA